ACUAUUAAUGCUGUAAUGUUUUUGCACAUCUCUAAAAUUUUCUAUUUAGUUAUUGCGAGUUCUUGGUUUAAGCAAUUUGAAGUUUUAAAAAUGCAAGGAUUAGGAUUGCAGAGUCUUAAAAAAAAUCCGGCGCUGAUUCCGCUGUAUGUUUGCGUUGCUGCUGGAGCCGUAGGCGCCGUUUAUUAUAUGACUCGUCUUGCUACCAGAAAUCCAGAUGUUACAUGGAACCGCACUUCAAAUCCAGAACCAUGGCAAGAAUACAAAAACAAGCAGUAUAAGUUUUAUUCUCCCAUUAGGGAUUAUUCCAAAACCGAGAGCGCAGCUCCCAAGUUUGAAGAAUAAAGUGUGGUAACAUAAACACUGAAUAUAUUAUCUUAAUAAAUGCAGUAACCGUGUAACAAACUUAA